GGAUGGGGCGGAGCCCGACCCCGCGCCGGCUGAACUGGGAAGCCGGCACCGCCCUUCGUGUUCCCGGGCCAGGCCCGACCAGGCUGCGCACCGGGCUCCGGCGCCAUGGGGCGGCUGGUGGCUAUGAGCCUGGUGGGAAUCUCGCUGGCGCUCCUGGGCGAGAGGUUUCUGGCGCUCAGGAAUCGACUUAAUGCCUCCAGAGAGAUAGAAUCUAUAGACCUUCCAAAUUGCCACCUGAUUAAAGGAAUUGAAGCUGGCUCUGAAGAUAUUGACAUACUUCCCAAUGGCCUGGCUUUCUUUAGUGUGGGUCUGAAACAUCCAGGACUCCAUAGCUUUGCGCCAGAUAGGCCUGGAGGAAUACUAAUGAUGGAUCUAAACGAGAAGAAACCCCGGGCACUGGAAUUAAGAAUUAGCCGUGGAUUUAAUUUGGCUUUAUUUAAUCCACAUGGCAUCAGCACUUUUAUAGAUGACGAUGGCACAGUUUAUCUCUUUGUUGUAAACCACCCGGAAUUCAAGAGUACAGUGGAAAUUUUUAAAUAUGAAGAAGAAGAAAAUUCUCUUUUGCAUAUAAAAACGAUUAAACAUGAGCUUCUUCCAAGUGUGAAUGAUGUCGUAGCUAUUGGACCUGCACAUUUCUAUGCCACCAAUGACCACUAUUUCUCUGACACCUUCUUAAAGUACUUGGAAACAUACUUCAACUUACACUGGGCAAAUGUUGUUUACUACAGUCCUAAUGAAGUUAAAGUAGUAGCAGAAGGAUUUGAUUCAGCAAAUGGAAUCAGUAUUUCACCUAAUAAGAAGUACAUCUAUGUUGCUGAUAUAUUGGCUCAUGAAAUUCAUGUUUUGGAAAAACACACUAAUAUGAAUUUAACUCAGUUGAAGGUUCUCAAGUUGGAUACACUGGUGGAUAAUUUAUCUAUCGAUCCGUCCUCGGGGGACAUCUGGGUAGGCUGUCAUCCUAAUGGCCAGAAGCUCUUUGUGUAUGAUCCAAACAAUCCUCCUUCGUCAGAGGUUCUCCGCAUCCAGAAUAUUCUGACUAUGAAGCCUACGGUGACUACAGUUUAUGCCAACAAUGGAUCUGUUCUUCAGGGAAGUUCUGUGGCCUCAGUAUAUGAUAGGAAGUUACUCAUAGGCACUUUAUACCACAGAGCCUUGUAUUGUGAACUCUAAAAUGUAUUUUGGUAUGAAAGUGAGACAACUCCUAACAAUUAUCUAUGAAUUUUUAAUUCUGAUGGAAUCUACCCACAGAGUUCACCGAGAAAUGUGUGGCAUGUAUAGUUAAUUUUAUUUCAGUAGGAAAGAGCCCUUCGGUUGUUAGAACACUUUCAAAAUAAAAAGAAAAUGAACUGUUUUUUUAAAAAAUGCCAAGAAAGAGAAAAGAAAGCUGCUUUCAGGUAAAGCAAAUAUACUUUGCACAAAAUAAGCCUCAACUUUGCCUUCUUACUGCCAGAACGUGAAUUCCACCCAUAGCAGGUGAGAUAUAUUUCCUUAAAAUGCAAGUGACCUCAGUUCUAGCCAUGUAACCACUGUGAUUGUCCAGAACUACUGAGAGAUAACAUUCUCUGAUGUUUUGUCCUUACUUUCUUGUUUACUGCUAAAGAGAUGGAGCUAUAUUAAAGACUAACCAAAAU